AUGGAAUCGGCAGCGAAUAACAAUCAUGCUAACCGGGAGAAAAUUAUGAUGAGAAGAGCUGCCAAUGAAGACAUCUUAGAGUACCCCGGUAGUGAUAAAAAACUUCCAUCAAACUUUAAGUUGAAAUCGCUUUUAAAGCGAGCCGUCAAGCGAGGACGAGACAUUGCGGCUUCUCAGGGAGCACCUGGUACGAGUAAGAUAUAGACGAUGAUUAGUAAGAAACUGGAAAAACAACUUCUGCCGAUGAAAGUAUAAGUGAAUCGAUCUUUCCAAAAUUGCUCAUUGUGCCUUUUGUUUGGGUGAAGGGAGGGAUAGAAUGAAUUAUCUGUGCUAUUGUAACAGUCAAAGGAAUUUUGUGAGAAGAACUGAAAAGUGUAGAGAGACAUGACGUGUCACCCAUGAGCUCUUAUUUUUAAAUAAUCGUUAAGAAAGUACCUGGUAACUUAAAAGUUCUUUCUACAGUGAUGAGUAACUUCGGUUCUCAGCUCAAAUGGCAAUCCGAUUAACAGAGGAAACCACAUCAGGAUCGUGUUUUACUUCAGUUUUGUGCGUGUUCUGCUCGCAAAGUUGUUGCAUGUAUCUUUGCAUCAGAACGCUCAGGUUUUAAUUUCAAAGUCAACACAAAAGAAAUGUUGUUUCCGAUGAAUGACUUUUCUGUAACUGCUCCGGCUUCUUGGAAGCUAAAGCUGAUACGCGCAAGAUCCUAUCGAUAGUUGAUAGGAAACAGGUGAUGGGGAUAGGGAGGAGGAAGAUCCUAGAUUAAAUGAACAGAGGAAGAAAGCUGUUACUUAGUAACUACUUCAGCAUUUAUUGUGCUUUUCGCUUAUCAGGUCAAUCCCCCCACUUCACGAAAUUGCAUUGACUGUGAAAAUAAUUUUCAUAAUUAAUGCAAUUCCGUGAAGUGGAGGGAUUGAUUUGAUAAGUGAAAAGCACAGUAAAUGCUGCAGAAAGUGUAAGAAACACAUGUCAUGACACCUUUGGAUUCUCCUUUAAGUGUCAGGGUUAUUAACAACUCCGGCUCCCAGGCCCCACUCGACCUUCCACGGAGGGCGCAUCCUCACAUCAGCUACGACCAGAGGGAGGCCUCGUACUUCUGCAGACGAUGCACAGGCCAUUAACGAUAAUAUCGAAGAUAUCAAGUCUAUGGAAUCCGCAGUGAAUAACAAUCAUGCUAACCGGGAGAAAAUUAUGAUGAGAAGAGCUGCCAGUGAAAACGUCUUAAAGCACCGUGGUAGUGAUAAAAAACGUCCAUCAAACUUUAAGUUGAAAUCGCUCUUAAAGCAAGCCGUCAAGCGUGGACGAGAUUUUGCAGCUUCUCAGGAAGCACCUGGUACAGGUAAGAUAAACUCGAUGAUUAGUAAGAAACUGGAAAUACAACUUCUGCCGAUGAAAGUAUAAGUGAAUCGAUCUUUCCAAAAUUGCACAUUGUGCCUUUUGUUUGGAGGAAGAGAGAGAUAGAGUGAAUUAUCUGUGCUAUUGUAACAGUCAAAGGAAUUUUGUAAGAAAAACUGAAAAGUGUAAGAAAACAUGACGUGUCACCCAUGAGCUCUUACUUUUAGACUGAAGUUAAAUAAUCGUAGGGAAAUUAUUGGCCAACUUAAAAGUUCUCUCUACGGUGAUGAAGUAACUUCGGGUUUCAGCUCAAAUAGCAAUCAGAUUAACAGAGGAAACCAUAUCAGAAUCGUGUUUUACUUCAUUUUUGUGCGUGUUCUGCUCGCAAAGUUGUCGCAUAUAUCUCUGCAUCAGAACGCUCAGGUUUUAAUUUCAAAGUCAAUACAAAAGAAAUUUUGUUUCCGAUGAAUGGCUUUGCUGUAACUGCUCCGGCUUCUCUGGAAGCUAAAGCUGAUACGCGCAAGAUCUUACCGAUAAUUAAUAAGAAACAGGGAAACCAGCCUCAAUGCAAAUGAAAGGGCACCGACCUUACAGGAUGUUCUUUGCAACGUUUUCCAUUGUUCCUUUUUUUUUGGGGGGGGGGAGGUAAGGGGGUGGGUAUAGGGAGGAAUAAGAUCCUAGGUUAAAUGGACAGAGGAAGAAAGUUGUUACUCAGUAAUGCAGUUUGGAGUAUUCAUCUGAUAAGUGAAAAGCACUGUACAUGCUGCGGUUGGUUCGUCGACACUUGGUGUCGAUGACACCGAGAUCCGUUGCUCUUCCAUUCGAAGGUGAUUCGGGUCAAUCUCAGGACAGGUUCUAUUCCAAGAGUUGGGCCAAUCACAUGACAUGUUUGGUUUUAGAGAAUUGACUUCAACCUUGACAUCGACUUAGACUAAGCAGUCAGAGAUCACUUUAAGUUCAGAUUCAUCUCAACCUAAUAUCAAAUGUUGGUUGUCUAAGUUCAAUCCUGAGAAAUCUUAAAUUUCUCGUUCAAAUAACAAGAUAUUCCCAAAGACAGCACCCAAGGGGAAACCAGACAGAAAUCGUUUGGUCGAGAUAAGAAGGAAUCACACCUACCAGAUGAUUAUCCUAACACAGAUGGUAACAAACACAAACCGCGAGGCACAUCUACCGUACAAGACACGAAGAAAAACAUCAAGCCCACAAAUAUGGCGUCUGCUGAUCCCCGAUGGAGGUCAGCCAUGGAUUAUGAACGCAAGUCUCACGAUGAAAAUAAAAAACCCAAAAGAAAAAAGAAAAAAGAAGGAGAAGUGGAAUCGCAAUCUGAGACUAAAGAUCCUGCGGACGAUGGGUCCUCGAUCAUUGUCGGAGGACUUAUAGGAGGAAUGUUUCUGUUUAUGGCGAUUGGGACUGUGUUUUAUCGCAUUUGGUAAGCAAUCUUUUUCAUCUGCCACCAAUUAGACCACAUUAUAGUCAAAAAUUAUAACAAAGAAGAUGCUUACUUAAAAUAUGCUUAAACAUGAUUUUAAGCCAGUCAAUCCAGACUUGUGGUUGGUUUAUGUAAAGUCUGUCAGUGAACUGAAAUAUUCAUCUCAGCUUGUUUUCUAGUGCUUUUGAAAGUGAUUUUCGGUCGAAACUUUUACAGGAGAAAUUGUAGGAAGAGAGCUGGACGAGAUCGAGGUGAUCUUGAACGAGGUCGGUUAUCAGCCUCGAACCAGGCCAUCGCGGAGGACGGAGAUGAAGAUAUCAUCUAUGAAAGAAAACCUAGAGAAAGGAAAGAGAAAAACAAGAAGGAAGAUGAAGGAGGUAAACCGAAUGUUAGUCUUAAAUGAAAAGGCCUGGAACUUCAGGAUGAUAAAGGAAGUGAGAAAGACAGCGUAAAAAACAAACAGCAAACAAAAAAAAUCAUACUCUUUACAUAGAUGUGGGCAAGAUAAUUUCAUCUUUUUACCACGGGGUUUGUUCGCAGAUUAUAAGGAAAAUGAGUAAAACCAAAGCUCAUUUUUACCGCCAAAUUCGACUUUACUCGCCAUGUCAGGAAUCUUUUCACAGACAAUUUCAAAGAAAUAGGUAAAAAUUUCUUGAACACAGCCUAUGGGUAUGUGUUUUCUUUGGUGUACAAACAGCUGAAAUCAGAGUGGUAAAGUCAAGUGUAGCGAAGCUAUAUGAAAUGAAGUGAAGUGAACAUAAGCACAUCUGAGAAAGUCUCUCAUCUAAAUUAAAUAGUAUUAACAUAGACUUUGCUCAGUGUUUAACUCCUUAUUCUUACCACAGAACCCCCAGAUAAAGACAUAGGAUUGAAUUUGGAAGUCUCUCCGCCGCAAUCUCCGCCGCCAAAAGGUAUACUUAAAAGUAAGAAAAAAAAAGAAGUAAAGCAAAGCUCGAUAAAUUCAAUUUUAGAUCUAAAACAAACAUUAGCAAUAACUUCUUGUUUGAUUGAAACGACUAGAAUUGUCUAUUUUUUCCACAGAUACUCACGGCCGAGAAGUACGAGUAAAUAUGGAGCCCUCCGAUUCUUCGCAACCGGCCUCGUUAUCAACCCUGUCUGCACCAUCACUGGGCUCUUCCAUCGGUACGCCGCACUUUACCUCAGCGAGUGGCUGUUCUGUGGAAUAUAUGACCCUCCUCGACACUCGUAAGGAUUCUGAACUGAAGCCUGGGAUGCCUCAAUCCUCUGGAUCUUCCUCAUCAAGUGAUGCAAAGAUUACAGCUGAAACAGAAAGAGACCUGGCGGCUCCACCUCAAUCGUCCACCAUUUCAGGUAAAAUAAUCUGAUCGAAGCUAAAUUCCAGAAUAAUGGAUGAAUGAUGGGCAAGAAACUGCAUUUUAAAAAGAACCUCAUACAAUUUCUUUUGUUUUAUUUCUACUAUUUAUGAUAUAGCGGCCUCUCGCCAACUGAGAAACAUCGUUACAAUGGAAACAGGUGGCUCUAACUCCUCCUCUGAGUCGUGCAAGACACCAGUAGCUGCCAGCGAUGACGUCAUCAUCACAAUGGACGAUGACGACGAUUGCAAGGUGCCGUUGUUGUCUUCAGAAAAUGAGGGCUCAUCUGCUGAAGUGAUCUACUUUAGGAACGAUUUGACGACAGAAGGAGAUGAGGACGAUGAUAAAGAGCGGUCAGGUGAUUAAAAUAUAACGAGAACGCUUCAUAAAAAGGCGCAGCUUGACCAGUAGAACUUUGAAUUUCGAAAUACGAAAGUCUGAUGUUUGAAUUUUUUUAGGAGACUAAGAGUCUUUUCGUUGUCUUUCGUUCGCAACAAAACAUCAUGCUUUAUACUAACCGUAUGUCUCCACCUUAUCCGACGGAUUUAGGCAGUGUCUAAAUCCGUCGAAUAAAAUGGAGGGCUUGGCACACGGAACGGUAAGAAUAAAAUACGGUAAUUAAAUUAAGACAGAUGCUUUAGCUGGGUGUUACAAUGGACUCCCGAUAAUGAGGUGGUAAGUCGUCUGACGUGA